UGUGUCGACGUCACAUUUCUGGUCCGAAAGUCUCAGCAGUAGCAUAGCAGAGCAGCGUCUAACCAGACAUCUGUAAACAGGCGAGAGAAUAUGGAUGACGACGUGUUAACAACUUUAAAAAUAUUAAUUAUCGGAGAGAGCGGUGUGGGGAAGUCGAGUCUUCUUCUAAGAUUUACUGAUGACACCUUUGACCCCGAACUGGCAGCAACUAUUGGUGUAGACUUUAAAGUGAAAACAAUUGCGAUUGAUGGGAACAGGGCAAAGCUGGCAAUAUGGGACACAGCAGGACAGGAGAGGUUUAGGACUUUGACGCCCAGCUACUAUCGGGGUGCGCAAGGAGUCAUUUUGGUGUAUGAUGUUACAAAACGGGACACUUUUACCAGACUGGAAAACUGGCUGAAUGAACUGGAGACGUACUGUACACGUAAUGACCUUGUGAAAAUGCUGGUUGGAAACAAGAUUGAUAAGGACAAUCGGGAAGUAGACAGAAAUGAAGGCCUUAAGUUUGCACGGAAACAUUCAAUGCUGUUCAUAGAGGCGAGUGCUAAGACACGUGAUGGCGUGCAGUGUGCCUUCGAGGAGCUGGUGGAGAAGAUCCUGCAGACCCCGGGCUUGUGGGAGAGCAGUGUGCAGAACCAGGGCGUUCGCCUGACGGACCAGAACCAGGCGGCCGGUGGGGGCAGCUGCGGGGGGUACUGCUCCGUCCUCUAACCACCCCCACCCCCUGCCCCCAUCUCCACCUCCACCCAAACAACAAAAAAAAAGACAAACUGAGACAGACCACUCGCCCCCCACCCACCCCCACUUCCCUCCUCCCCCCGACAGUGGGUUGGGAGGGGCUGGUCCCUCUGAGGCGCAGUGCCGAGGGGCUCUACUGUUUGCACACUUCAUACCUAGUACAUCACGUUGUAUGGGCCAUGCCUCAUGUUCUACUCUUUUAUCCGUGUUAUUUAAACAAACAGGCUUCUUGUUAUUCUACAAUCCUGCGGGAUGCUCGGUGUUAAAUAGAUCAUGUACAGUGUAGUUUCAGUUUCACUGUCCCUUUAUCUCCAGUAUUGGCCGUGGAUGCCACUGCUUGGUGGAUUCAUCUCCUGUGUUUCUUCCACAUACAGCCUGUACCUUCCAGCCCUGAGGGCAGUGAGAGGAGGGAAUGGCGAAGCAGUAGACAGGGAGUUUUAGGUCAGGUGACAUCACUGCAGACAUAUACAUACUCACUGACUAUGAGAGAGCCUGCUUUUCAUCUGUUUUAAUAUAUUGUUUAUCGAUGCUUCUCUCGGCAUUGGAAAGCAUUGCCUUAGUUCCGUAUAUUUUGCCUCUUCUGUCUGGAUUUUAAAUCUGUAGUUGUUAUAAUAGGCACUACUUUUCUAAGCAAGCACAAAAACGUGCUGUCUUGCAUUUUGCUUUAGGAACAUGCCUGCUGUAUUUUGCAUGCCUUUCAUGUCAUGUUUUUUUUUUUUUUUUUUUUCAAAAGAAUGUUUGCAUUUCAACUAUGUUUGUUUUGAAACAUAUCAAUUCUUUCAGUUGACCAGGACCUGUAGAUAAAGUAUCAUGACAAAUACCUCUGUCAGGCCGCUAUGGACGUCAGAGCUCAUGCCCCAAGCAUACAGUAUUAUAAAGAAGAGGCAUAGUUACUCAAAGCAAGCAUCUAAAUAUUUGUGGCCACAACAAAAGCCUUUCCAUGAUGUCUCCAUACUUCAUACACACUUCAUACUUAUGAAUUGGCAUAUUCUCACUUUAUUUUUUUGAGAUGUUCCAGAGGUGUUCCUUCAUGCUUAUAUGCACAUCCUAUUUAAAGCAAUAUUCUCUGUUUGUGACUUUUGUUUGAGUUGUCUCCAUCCAUACUUUACUCUUUAAAACAAUUAUGCCUUAACGUCUGACUGUGACAUGAUAAUCUUUGUAUCACUAUGACAAACUUGAUGUCACUUAAUGACACAGCACCAGUGAUGGAAAAAGUGGUAGACAAAGACAUUUUCAGAGUAGAUUGAUUUUAUUUUCUUUCUUCCUGUCUAAACAGAUUAUGGAUCUGUGUCUUUUGCCUCACUGAGCAGUUUGGACAUUAAUGGAGGCAUCGUUAAUUGCUGGUUCUCUGGCCAAUGCUGUAAUACUUGGCUUGGCUUGUCAAAGAAAGGUAUUGAUUGAACCAUUCCUGUAUUUGGAUGUGGAUUGUAAGCCGGAAAAAAUGUAUGUUGGAACAUUAGAUCAGCUCUUUUAUUUUGCAAUAAAACAUGUUGAUGUUCACCA